AUGUACUUCCUCCUCACCAAUUUGUCCUUAGUGAAUGUGUUUUCCAUCUCUGUCACAACUCCAAAAUUGCUCCAGACUCUUUGGACCCACAGAAACACCAUCUCUUUUUAUGGCUGCAUUACACAGGUGUAUCUCUUCAUAUGGUGUUUGGGAACAGAACUUUUUCUCCUCUCAUUUAUGGCUUUUGACCGUUAUGCUGCUAUUUGCCAUCCUUUGCAGUACACAUUCAUCAUGAGGAAGGAAGUGUGUGUUGGCAUAGCCAGUGGAGUGUGGGUUACUGGGAUAAUCGAUGGUGCUGUUCAUGCUGGACUUAUGCUGAAGCUUUCCUUCUGUAACUCUAACAUAGUCAACCAUUUCUUCUGUGAUGUACCACCACUUUUACAGCUUUCAUGCUCUGACACCACUUUGAAUGAGAUGAUGGCUUUUGUGGCAGAUGUGAUCUUUGGGAUUUGUAGCUGUGGGUUGACCCUAACAUCUUACUUCUUUAUCCUGAGAGCUAUCUUCAGGAUCCGUUCUACUGAAGGGAAGAAGAAAGCUUUCUCCACAUGUUCCUCCCAUCUCAUUAUAAUCAGUUUUUACUUCUCUUCCGUCAUUUACACAUAUAUAAGGCCCAGCUCAAACUACUCUCUAGAGAAAGACAAAUUUGUUUCUCUCCUUUAUUCAGUGGUAACCCCAGUUAGGGAUUUGCAGAAAGGUGUGUUUGAAGAAGAAUUUGAAGAUGUUCUUGGAGUUAGUUCCAAGCCUAAGAGAUCACAAAGGAGAAAAAAGCAGAGCAGUUUGAUGGAGCUGAUCUUCAAAUGA